GAUGGGUGAGAGAGAGAGAGAUAGGGAUGUGAGCUUUUGUCUUCGUGAUUGAAUAUUAACUUUGAUCUUUAGCUUUAUCUGCCGACAGAAACCCCGGCCAUAAGGGUCCAGUGCGACAGCUUCGCAGUUAGCAGCACUGCAUAUUUUCUUUUGGCCAUGGAUUUUUACCGGAAUGUGACAAUUUGCGGCGAAUAUCACCAGCAGGAGCAAGUCCUUCCAUCUCCUUCUCCAUGCUCUAAGCUUGGUACUGCUAUAGCACCUACUAGCCCUCUUGAUGACCUUUUCUCUGCUCAGAAUACGGAAGUAGAUGUUAGCUUAGAAUGGCUGUCAGUGUUUGUGGAGGACUGCUUAUCCAGUACAGGAAACUGCCUCCCAGCUCCCACAAGCAGUGUUCAAAACAAAAUUAUUACUCCAAACCUACCAAAAUCCUCGCAACGGAAGCCCCUACAGAACUCGCAAGCUUCCUUGGAGAGAUUUGUAAUUCCAGGCAAGGCAAGAAGCAAGAGAAAAAGAGUCACAAGUGUGAAGACCAGAAACCCAUUAUCCAGCUGGUCCCAAAUCCUCCAUUUUCCGAGUUCAGAUCCUCCUUUGCUCCAACAAGCAUAUUGGUUAGCUGACUCUGAACUCAUUAUGCCUCAAAAAGAAAGAACCACCAGCAACAGCAGCAAUACAAAGACAAGAGAUAGUGAAGAAGAAGAAGAAGAAGAAACAAGAGAGGAGGAGCAAGAACAGGUUACUGGUGUGAGUAAUAAUGGCAAGGAGGGUGUGGCCAUUUUGGAAAGUAGCAGUGGGCAGCAGCAGCAGCCAAGGAGGUGCAGCCAUUGCCUAGCACAGAGGACCCCACAGUGGAGGGCUGGACCAUUGGGUCCAAAGACGCUGUGCAAUGCAUGUGGAGUGAGGUACAAAUCAGGCAGGUUAUUGCCUGAGUAUAGACCAGCCAAGAGUCCUACCUUUGUGAGCUACCUGCACUCCAAUUCUCACAAGAAAGUUAUGGAAAUGAGAACGGCUGGCUCUGCUGUCUUCAAUUCCUAUUGAGCAGUCACAAUUUUCAUUCUCCAAUGUAUACCAAAAACAAGUUAGUUUAGUUAAUUUUCUAAUAGAAAUUAAAACUUGGCAGAAAUUCCAAUCCUUGUUAAUUUUCUUGGGGCUUAAUUAUUUAGCUUUUUUUUAUAUAUAAUAUUAAUGGGUUUUCCUUUCAUUUUGAUUA